AAGAAGUCGCGAAGGAAAACUCUCGCCGGCUCUCAAAUACAGAGAAGCGAUCCACCACCUAUCACUGUAAAAGGUGAUGCCAACACUGGAACUGCAUUCUCGAUACCCAAUGUGCAAAGUCCUUUGAAACCUACUAUUAGCAAAAGUACUCCAUCUUCGCCAUCUCUGCCUUCCACGAGUACUGCUGGCACCAUCCCAUCAAGUGCUAAAUUAUGGCUGGGUGUUGGCAAAAGUCCCCCCUAUAAUAAGGUCGCAGCAAUGGCAUUCAAAAUACAAAGUCCUUCGAAACCCAACAUUAGCCCAAAUUCUGAUGUUUCAUCCUCUCCUCUGACUCCUACAAAAUCUGACGUUAGCGAAGGUACCGCAGUCCCAUCGUCUCCUUCAACCACUACAAAUACACUUGUUGCCGCAGCAGCAUACUCUUCUUCCAAAGCACGCAAAAAGAAGCGACGAAAGCGAAAGGUCAACAAAUCCAAUGUCAGUGAGCCACUUCCAAUUGACCUCGAGGAUCCAACGACUGAAAGCAGCAAAUUCAAAGAUCUAAUGGAUAACCCAUAUGGAAUGCUUGGUCUUCUCAGCCUCACCAAAAUAGAUUCUUCACUUAGGCACUACGCUCCCGGUUUCGAUUUGAAAUCAGUGGACAGCAAAUAUUUUCCUCCAUCAGGGAAAUUUCACGACGUGUUCACUUCUCCCCUCUCCGACCGGAUGAGGUUGGGACCUCAGGACGUAGAACACAAGGUGCCUCCAGAAUAUCUAAUCAGCCAUCGACUUCAGGGUCGACUUCCAGCAGAUCCCCAACUGGCAUUGCUCACAAAUCGAAUUCUAUUUUGGAUAUUUUACAGCUUCUGUAGCGAGGAGGCGCAACUAGUAGCGGCCAAGGAGCUAUACAAUCGAGGUUGGCGGUAUCACAAGACCAAGAUGCUGUGGAUCACUUCUCUUCCCGAAACUCAGGCAAUGGAAGGGGAAAGAGAGGAGCAUGGCUUAUAUAUUUGUUGGGAGCCUGAAGAAUUUCAAUAUGUACUUAAGGCAAUGGAAAUUGGCAUCGGUGAUCUGGACGACACGCCGACUACCUACGAGUUGUCCUCCCGCACUAUCAAUGCCCGAGUGCUUUUCAUCUCCCCCGAGUCCGACCAAAAACAAUCAAACCUUGAGAAGUAG